AUGAUAGAGCAGCCAUUAUUGUACAGACACCAGCAGGUAUUGCAACGCGACGUGGAAUGCCACGGUCGGAUCGUGAGUUCGGUGGUGCGGCUGUGCGGCGGUGGAGACGCUGCGCGUGCGCUUGAGAGACGGUGGCACCUGCUGUACCUAAGGGCUAUUGAGUGGCAGUGCCAUCUUGAAGCUUGUCUUGCGAGAAUCGAUAAUCAGGGUUGCAUAUCGGCAGAGGCUGCAAGUGACAGCGACGACGAACCUGCCUUGAAGCAGCCGCGGUUAAGCAGGCGAGGGUCACCCCGCAGACAGAGAACUCCAGUCAAUGCAAGACGUAGGGACAGCUCGCUGGAUAGCAGGCAAUCUGCUUCAGAGGAGGAACAAGAAUAUGUGCUAAAGUACACGUGGCGCGGCUUCGGGUCGGACUGUGAGUCUGAGUUAGACAGAGCGCGGUACAUCAACAUGGCGGACGAAAGACGAGUGCCUGGCGCCUGUGACGUCACUGCGCGUACUACAGACCAGACCGUGCCUGCGACAGACCACGUCGAUGGACUGGAAACACACGUCAAUAUAGAGGAUAAAUUAAAGACACCUCCAACGGUAAUAAAAAGAAAGAAGCCAGUAGACACAUCGAAAUUUAAUCAAACCGAUCGCAAAUCGAAACAUCUAGCUACAUUCUACUUCAGGCACCAUGACACAGACUCCGAUAGACAAAUGAUUGAAACGGAAAAGUCACAAGAAGAAUCUAGCGAAGAAGAAUGGACCUACGUUGGUGGUGCUAAAAUUGGAAAUGAAGAUUCUACUGAUAUAAUGACGUCAUCCGUUGAAAUCCAGUGCGAAUUGCCCCUGGAUGAAAAUAAAAAAGAAAAACCACCUUCUCCGAAACCGAAGCUAGAGUCAUCGACACCAGAUUUGCUUAGAGUUGAAAGGUGUAAAGACAUAGAGAGGUUGGUGAAUCAGGCUGAAGAAUUGGUACAGAAACAGGCGCUAUCGAAAAAGAAAGGAUCGAGGAGUUUCAAACCGCUGCCAUUUGAUGAGGAUGGGAAGAAUGUGAGCAGGAACAAAAUGUCGAGGAUCAAGGAAUGGUUGAACCAGAGCUCGGAAGGCAAGAGUGAUAACAAUCAGGGUACGGAAAGCUAUGACGCCUCAGGAGAAUACACGACAGAAAGUGAAGUGGACACCUCCUUGACAUCCGAAGAACGAAACAUUCACUCCUCAAUGGACAUGAGCACUUCUACCUGCACUGUUACCCCCACACACCAUGCCAAGGUAACACUCCGUAAGAAGCGAGCUGGCAACAGCGCAAGACCGUGGUCUGUCUCCUGCCUAUCGCAACUCAGCGGCGCCGGCGCAUCGCUGGUGGCCACGCCCACAGCAGGCGACGUUGCCGCUAUGUCACACAACAUGUCUAUCUCUGAAUCUGCUUUGAACACACUCGCGUCUCCGCAAAGAGUUACUCCUGCAAAUUCGAACUCCAAACUCCGUGGAAGUUCAACUACUGUACAGGGCCACGUAUCAAGCACGAACACAAUGACAGAAGCUUGCACAUCAUGCGUCGAAGCAAACGACAAACAUGGCUGGUUACGACGCAAGCGGUUGAAGUUUCGGCGCAACAACACAGCGGUACGGAGAGGAGAGAGGCUUGUCAAGUCCCUCUCUUUCUGUGGCAGAUUGAGCCCUGAAAUAGAGGAUAAGCAUGAGAGGAGUGCCGCCAGUGACCCAGCUACUAGCAGGAAGAGCAGAUUCGACACAACAUCGACUUCAGGCAACGAUAGUGACGAGGAACUUAUAAAACAACAGCUAGCCACCAUCGCCCACCUGCGCAAGAGCAUCGAAAAGACCCACAUCUCGACUAGGGAACCCGAUAGUGCCAUUCCAGAACAAAAUGAGGCUGAGCCUGUGGCCCCGAGCUUUAAACUGGGCCCAGCUGGAGGACCCGUCAGGCCACGACUCGCUCGAAGCCUUGAGAGGGAGAGGAACUUCAUAGCUCUCAGUUUAGGCGACCCCAGUCGGCUGUGGGACUUAUCUAUCGACAAGGACUCCGAUAUAGACAAAAGUGUGACUGCUGGAACCGAGGAACAUAGUUCAUUCUCUGAACAGGCGUGGGAUUUCUAUCAGGAAAAAUACAACUCGGAGCCCUAUUCAGAAGCUCCAGAUUCAGACGCAGCGAGACGUCUCUUAGAAUUCGGCGAUGACUACCGCGCCUUCCUCGACUCGCAGUCCGACUGCUGCUCCAGCUUGUCAGCGCAGCCCGAGAACGACCAGAGCCCCAGUGGCACCCGCCGCCGCCGUCCUCCGUCCGACGUAUCGCGAGAACGAAGCCUCCCACGACACAAGCGGCCUACCAGAAACUCGCCAAUAGAAACUCCUACAAGAAAACCCAAAAAGUCCAUGUCUAGCGCUGAACGUAAAAAGUCCCUCCUCGACAGCCUCGAGCGAUCCAGAAACAACACUAGCAUCGAGAGCAGUGAAGGGGUUCGCCGUCGCAAACCUUCGGAGAGCGAACGCAAAAACAGCAAGCGAUCGCCCGAAUUUGACUUGCUCAACGUACAGGCUCUGAGCCGCAGACGACACAGCUCAAAUUUGACCAGCGACGAGGUGAACAGCUCGUUGGAGUACACCGAGGUGAACAACCGGCCCGAUAUACUGGACUCACUGGGCAGGCGGAGGAGGACAGACAAUGGCGAGUCGGAGCUGCAGAAGAUCGCGUUGUCCGAACUGCGGCGGCGGUCGACAGAGAGCGUGGAGUCGGAGGACGAGUCGUCGAGCCCCACGAAGCACAGACGGCGCAGCUGGGACUCGGGGUCGGAGGGCGAGGCGGCGCGCGCGCUGGUGCGGCGCUCGGGCGCGGCGCUGGGCGCGGCGGAGGCGCUGCUGGCGCGCCACGACGCCGAGCCCGACCUGCUGCGCGCCUUCGACUACGUAAGGACACAAUUCGAUACCGAUUUCAGUAGUAGCUAUUCGGACAGCGACGACAACGCGUCGUGCGUCACGCGCCGCCCCGCAUGCUUGCGCGCGCGGCUCUGCCUGGCCGUCGCCGCCUUCUCCGUCCUAGUUAUAGUUUACAUACAUCUCCAAUGA